AAGUGUUCAGCAGAUCAGCAGCAUCAGAUUAGAAAUAUAUUUAGUCUUCUAUGCAUGCGUAGUCAUAUAAUCCAACUCGACUUUUUUAGGAGCAUUUUAAGCAAACCGUAUAGGCAUCAGAAACUUAUCUAAUUCGAAACUUAAUCGUUUCUCUUUGUGCCCAUAAAAUAGUACAAAAACGACGACUAUGAACGUUUCCCUCCAUCCGGAUUAUUGCAGUGCAGAGCGUACACUGAUUGAUUGGGUUGGGAUUCAAAAUCGCACUUUGAAACAUGCCUCCAAAACACAAGGCGGAUGAACAUGCUUCUAGAAUUAAUUAUUUGUUCCAGGCAGCACAGCAAGUUGUUCAAUCUGCUCCGAUGUUGAGCCAACACUAUGGAGAAAUUAUUACUUUGAUCUCGGAGAAAACUGUGGCAAAACUUGAUUAUACCAUGAAACGUUCAAUGUGCAAGAAAUGUAAGGCUAUCCUAGUUCCUGGAGUGAAUAUGAGCUACCGCCUACGGAAGAGAAAGCACCGGAAAUGUAAUCCCACAAUGGUAAUUACGUGUAAAUGCUGUAAUGAAGUAAAAUCGCUACCAACGCAGCCUGGCAGAAAACUAAAAGCCGAAUUGACUACCGCCACUAUUAGCUAACUUCCGACGAGGCCCGUUUUCUAUUUCUUAUUCUACAUCAAUUUUUGUUAUGCUAGCACAAAAUAUCAAUCAACUGUUGUACAUAACUUAAUAGACCGAAUUUUAACUGACUUAGUAUCCGGUAUAUUAUAUAUUAAUUUAUCUGCCCCACUUUCUCCUCGGGGAAAGGAACAAAUCUGGUGCAUAAACGAGUAGAAUUAAAUUGAUAUAGAAUCGACAGAGCCUCAACCAGAUCAAACCCAGCUCCUAACUCGAUGACAAAGCUAAAUGGGAACUUUUGAACCUUGAACUUUCACUCUAGCUCAAAAAAUGAGGUUGUGUUCUAAAAAGAGAUCUCAGCCGCAGAGCUCAAAACACGGACUGUGAGGAGAAGGUGCCAACAUCACCCGCCACGAGAAAGAGUCGGAGAGAAAGUGGUGGGCAGCUCGACGUACGAGUACGAUGGCCGGUUUAAAGUGUCAUGCACAAGGCGGACUCUCUUCCGAAAGAAGGUGAAGCUAUGUGAAAGAAACACCUACAAAGCCCUCCUCUAAAUAUGAUCUUCUUUCCACCCACGUUUUUAUAACUAAAGUAAAAUCUGACUGAUUAAUACUUAGCACAACUUUAAAUGGUUGAAAUCGAUUACAAAAUGAUAAAUUUAUCCAGUGAAAAAGAAGAAAAAUAUCAUGGUCUGCAAUUAUAUACCAUUGGGUAACUGUUCAAAUAAAAAAAUCUUCUACCCCCAA